UCUUUGUUGUAGUAUUGUAAUCCAAGAAGUAUAUCUUGAAGACCAAAGUCUCAGACUUUAUUGCAUCUCAUCCAGCUCAGUGUCCUUCUUACAAGUCCCAUCAUAUAUUUUCAGAACUUCUCCAUACUGUAAUAAAAUGGCAUCCCAAAAUACUUCUCGCUAUCACGUCGUCCCUCCCCACGAAGAGGACGAGCGUGAUUACUCCCCUCACGAUCAUCUCCUCCCCACCAUUUCCCUCAAGAACUUCAACCACAGCUGGUCCAUCACCCUGAACCCCAUUGUUGUCCUUCGCGGUCUCUCCACUAUCUUGUCGCUCGUCGCUUUUAUCAUUUUCGUUGUCGAUGGCGGAGGAGAUUUCAUCGCGGCCGAUAUCUUCCUGGCUUGUAUCAUGAUCAUCAAUGUCUUGAUGCUCGUCCACUACACAGUUUCUCAUCUUGUCAAGGUUACUGUUGAGGUUAGGGAGCAAUCGUAUGCCUUGGGAGACCGCAAGAAGCCGAGGGUCUCAACUUAUCUGGAUCUUUCAUUUGCAGCGGCCUUGACGCUGUCUCUUAUCAUUGGAAAUGCGGUCAAGAGAGGCUGGUAUGGUGGUGCUUGGAAGGGUGCUGUAGUCGUUGGUUACUUCGUGGUGUAAGUUCUCCCUGUAUCGUUUGACGGUAGAGCGGUGCUGAUGAUAUUCUCAGGUUGAUGCAGAUCAUGCUCGCUGUUCCAGGUCUUGAGACCAAGAGCUUGACUGUUACCUUCAAGUUAAACGACAAUCAAGGGAAACAGGUUCCAGAUACGAAGCUCCCGUCUCAUCAAGCGACUGCUAUGGGUGGAGCAGAUAUUGGUGCUGCUCGUCGACGAACCCCCGAGGCUGAAGACCCAAGACAAUCUGCUGAA